AUGAAGUUGGUUGUUCAUUAUAUGAUGAGUAAAGUAUUAUGGGUAAACGGUCCUUUUAAAGCACCUGCAUCCGAUAUUUCAAUAUUUAGAUCUGGUUUGGGAAAAGUAAAUAUGAAACCUGGGGAAAGAUUUAUUGGUGAUAGGGGUUACAAAGGUGAAGAGAGUAAAAUUUUAAUUCCACAUUUUGAACCAAAAGAUAGAUUAAUGACUCACAAAGAAGAGCUAGAAAACUCUUUUAUAAAAAGAAAGAGAAUCAUUAUUGAUAAUGUUUUUGGUAUACUCAAGAAAUUUGGUUGUUUCAGUGGUAUCUGGAAGAGUAACCUUCAAAAGCAACAAGAUGCAUUAUUUCUAGUAUUAUACACUUUAAAUUUAUCAAUUGGACUCAGUACAAAAGAACAUGGUUUUAAUUCUAACUCAUCAAUAGUCAAUAGUUCAGUAUCAACAGUGGAUGAAGAGAAUAUGUUAAAUGACAAAGACAAUAGUGAAUAUGAAGGAAUAGAGGAAGAUACUAAUUUUUCAAGUCAUAUACUGGAUUGCCAAAAAGAACUUAUCAAUGUUACAGAUAUGGAAGGAGGUAAUGGUAGUGGUGAAGAUAAGGAUAGAGGUGAAAACGAAGAAAAUGAAAUGGAAUCCCCAGAAAUUUUAGUUUCAAAAAUCAAGAAAAGAAGCAAUGAACCAAAAAAAGACACUAGCAAGACACCAAAAAAGAAGAAAGCAAAUGAAAAUUCCAGAAUUCAAUCAAGUGAGAACGAUUCUCAUAAUGUACCAAAUAACUUUAAUAAUCAUCCAAUAGAUCCAAAGAUAACUCAUAUUCAAGAUUUUCACCAUAAACAAAAUUACUCCCCAACAUAUUUGGAAAACAACCAAAAAACUACAGUUAAAAAGUGUUUACAAUAUAUUAUUACAGAUUUGAACUAUGGUCUCAAUUACUAUUUGAUUGAAGAUACUAUACUUAAUGAUUCAGUAACACUCAUCUUUCCAAUAUUAUAUUUUCAAAAUUUACCAUUAUUUAAAAUUUCAGGAAUAGUCCUUAUACUAAAUGGAGAUCGUUAUGAUGCUCAUGUUUCAUUCGAUAUUUUAAAUGUUAUAAAUAAAACCAGAAAUUCUCGUACCAACCGUUACUCUGAACAUCUUCAAUUAACUGAUACUGAAGAAUACAAACGUCAUUUUGCCAUUGUUCCAUUAUAUCAAAAAUAUAAAUAUAAAGAUAUAAAUCAAAUCAUUCCAUUUCAUGACAGUCAAGGUAAUACUCCCGAUUAUACCAAUGAUAAGCCAGAUUUUGUUUUUGCUGAUUUCAAGAUUAUAUAA